UUUGCAGACGACACUAACCUUCUAGUCUUUGGCCGGGAGCCAGAGGCCAAUGUUCGACAGCUGGAGGCAGCGUGGGAAACGAAAACGUGCCUGCAAGGGCGCAAACAGUGGGCUGACCAGCUGGAACUUGCACAGCCGGGAGGAGGCACCAGCCCGGUGAAGCCCAUGGCAGCGGCCAGAUUCCUAGGGGUCUGGCUGGAUUGGAAACUCAACUGGAAGGCGCACCUCUUACACAAGGAUGGCCACACGGAAUUCUUCGAGUUCGCUGCCUCCAUCCCGAAUUUACCCCUGUCCGCCCCCCUGGCCCCCGGUCAAAUCUCGACACGCUACCACGCGCUACGGCCCGAUUCGUCCUCGACGUACUCCCAAUGCAGUCCAUGCUCUCUCGACGUUGUCAUUGGUUGGCCAUAUCUCGGCGCGCUCAGCUAUCGUCGAGACGCGUUCCUGCCCCCGACUGCCUCAGUCUUCCCCCCGCAAAGAACAGAAAGAAACUGGGUAACUACUCAGUGCCUCGGUCGCGGCCCCCCCGGUCAAGACGUCAGGAUAUAUACCGUCCGCCGCGGCAGCUUAACCUGUUUCUUUCUCCUUAUUUUAUUCCAUCUGUCUGUGAUGUAUGAUGGGUGA